AUGUCCACCUCCGCUUCCAUGGGUCCUGUUGUCUCCCCAUCCCAAGGGAACAAUUUUGGCAUUUUAGCCAUGGAAAUCUAUUUUCCUUCUCUCUACGUUUCUCAGUCAGAGUUGGGUAUCGGUUUUUGUGCAUUAUGUUUAGAGUGUCACGACAAUGUUUCCCAGGGCAAAUAUACUAAGGGCUUGGGGCAAACAAACAUGGCUGUUUGCGCGCCAUGUGAAGAUAUUUGCUCGAUUUCCCUCAAUGCGGUCUCUCAAUUGAUGUCAAAAUAUAAAAUUUCCUAUCAAUCCAUUGGACGGCUAGAAGUUGGUACGGAAACAUUAAUUGACAAGUCCAAGUCCAUCAAAUCGGUCAUCAUGGACCUGUUUAACGGCAACGGUUGUUAUGAUGUUGAAGGUGUCGAUGUAAAGAAUGCUUGUUACGGCGGAGUUGCGGCCUUCUUUAAUACCAUUGCUUGGAUGGAGAGCUCCUGUUGGGACGGUCGGCUUGGGCUCGUUGUCGCCGGAGAUAUAGCUGUAUAUGAACGAGGCCCGGCUCGCCCAACUGGCGGUGCUGGCGUGGUUGCCAUUCUGGUGGGGCCAAACGCCCCGAUCGUUUGUAACGGGGUCAGAGCCUCCCAUAUGAAGCAUGCUUAUGAUUUCUUCAAACCGAAUUUAUCUACAGAUUUUCCGAUCGUAGAUGGCCCUCUUUCUUUAAAAUCGUAUUUUGAAGCGCUUUCAUCCUGCUACCGAUUAUUCCGCACAAAAAGAAACAUCACAAGCAAGAGCCCGCUGGAUGCGUACGAUUUCUAUCUUUUUCAUUCUCCCUUUGGAAAAUUGGUUCAAAAGGCACUGUCCAAAUUGGUAAUCGAGGAUCGCUUAAAUAAUUCUAGUAUUAUGAAGACAUUAACAGUAUCAAUGAUACGCCGGAUGUAUGAAGCACUGAAUUUUGAUGACAAAACCCUGGAAAAUGAGAUGCUUGCAGCUAGCCAGGAGCUUUUUUUGCAAAAGACACAGCCUACACUUGCUUGCUCAAGAGAGUUGGGCAACAUUUAUUGCGGCGCCUUGUUUUCUGGGCUGAUCUCUUUGAUAUGUAGCCAAGCUGGGGACUCGUUGAUCGGCAAAAAGUGCCUAUUAUUUGCAUAUGGUUCUGGAUACUGCUCCUCGAUGUUUGAACUGAGAAUUACUUCGUCUGUUGAGUACAUUUCAAAGACCAUCGCGUUGAGUGAGCGGCUCUCAGAAAGGACCAAAAUAUCGCCCAUCCAAUUUUCACUACUUCUCGAUGAUAAAGGGCAUGCUGAAAAUGCCAAGUUCAAUUCUCUUGUUCCGAACAGAACAAUCGUUUUAAGCGAAAUCGAUGCCAAGUGCAGAAGGAUAUACCAAGCUAAAUCGGAAAAAUAA